GGGAUCACGUGGUCGCACACGGUAAACAGGUUAGAAACGCUUCCGGCGCGUACACGUGAGAUCGCGAAUUUUGUAGCCCUCUUUUCGUUAUAAUCUAUAGUUAUUCGAGCGUUUGUAGUUUUGUGGAUACUCUCGGAUAGCAACACGAGGGAUUUUUCGUAAAUUUAAGACUGAAGGACACUCGGCGUUGAAAUUAGAUUGAGGUUAGGAUCCGUUCAAAGAUGAAACGAUCAGCAAAGAGUUUGGAUACUGGUGACGCGGGAGCAGAGGAUAAUGUGGACGCAGAGGACAGUAAAAAGAAAAAGAAAGUGAGAUUCGAGAAAUCCUUGGAUAAAUCUACAGGUAAGAAUGUACAACCACCUUUCAUAAAGAAGAAUUCGAAAGGAAAAAAUUUGAAAGUGGCAAAGAAUAAUUCUAAAAUUGAAAAGAUAAAUUUGCUCAAACUGAAGAAGGAGAAAAAGGAGUUUGGACGAAAGUCCGAAGCUCAGAAGAAAGAUAACUCGAAGACAGAUAAUCUGAAAUCGGAGAAGAAAGCGACCACCGAAAAAACCGAUUGGGUCCAAUUGAAAAAGGAGAAGAAGGAACUCAAACAGAAGCGCAAAGCUAAAAGGUUGAACGACGACGUAGUGUUUGACAAGGUUAUUCAGGCUAAGCAGAUCGGCGAGAAGUUACGAAGAUCCGAUUGCAAGUCCGUGAAUCGUGUAACAUUAACUCAGACGUUGCACAACAUGCUGGAAAAUCAUUAUAGCAAGGUGAUAUUUACGCACGAUAUGUCCAGAGUAGUUCAGUGUAUGAUCAAGUACUGCGAGGAACACAUUCGACAAGCUAUAUGCCACGAGAUAAAGCCACUCGUUGUGGAGAUGUUACAGUCGAAAUAUGCGAAGAACUGCGUAAAAGCUAUCUUAAAGUACGGCUCGCAAGAAAUCAGAUCUGAGGUUAUCUCUGGAUUUUAUGGCAACAUUGUCAAACUAAUGAGUCACAGUGUAUCGGCCUCUCUUGUGGAACAUACGUACCGUACUUGGUGUACUAAUCUCGACAAAAUAUAUUUCAAACAGGAGUUUUACGGGGACAUUUAUAAAUUGGAAAAGGACAAGGACGUUAAAUCGCUGUCGGACGUAUUCAAAAUUGCGACGGAUAUGAAGCUAGCCACGCUGUCUGCUAUAAAAACAAAUCUAGUCAGAAUCUUGAACAAAGGCUUCGUCGAUUCCACUCUACUGCAAACGGUUCUAUGGGAAUUCCUCUGCGUAUGUUCGGUGGAAGAUAGGAGCGAGUUAAUAGUUAUGCUGCGCUCUUACAUUAUAACGCUGUGCCAAACAAAAAUGGGAGCGAGAGUCGCUACGCAAUGUAUAUGGCAUGGCACUAGCAAAGAUAGAAAAAUAAUUAUGAAAGCCCUUAAGGGAAAUGUAAAAGCGAUUUGUAUGUCCAAAAACGGUCAUAUGAUAUUAUUGGCGCUCUUUGAUUCCGUAGACGACACCGUUCUCGUGCAGAAGAUAAUAUUGUCCGAGCUACAAGAGGAUCUAGUUAAUAUUGCGCUGAACGAGUAUGGAAAACACGUUAUAUUAUACCUCGUGGCCAGGAGAAAACCUUUUUAUUUUUCGCCGGACGUAGUGGAAUAUUUGCGCCAAGGUGAUGGCAAUUCCGCGAGCAAGAAACUAGCCGACAUUAGGGAAAAGGAACUCCUCGAAGCAAUCCGCGACACGCUUUUUGACGCAAUAAUCGCGGAUACCGCAGUGUGGUUAUCCACCGGCAGCAUAGCUAUGACUACCCUGGCGAUACUGAAAGUAGGAUCGGGAGAAAAACUAAAUUCCGCGUUCGAAUCGAUUGCUAAGUUUCUUACCAACAUAGAUUCAAAAAUCAAAGACAAUGAUACCGAGUAUAAUGUGGUUGAACAUCCUGGAUUACACACAAUGUUAAAGAAACUUAUUCAGAAUGACAAAGAACUGAUAGAAAAGAACGAAUCUACAUUUGGAGAAAUUUUAAUACCGUACUUGACACCGAAAGUGUUGGAAAAGUGGACGGAAUUUAAUAGAGCUUGCUUCUUAUUAAUUCUUCUUAUAGAAAAUGGACUUCAAAAUGUUAAAGAUACAUUGCUAUCCAAAUUAAAACCUUUAACGGCAAAUCUCAAGACAAAGCGCGGCGCUGGAGCAUCGAUAUUGUUAAAAAAAUUAAAAGAAUAAAUGUAAAUAUAUAUGAAUGUAA